AUGGCCAAGAAGCGGAAGUCCACUUCCACAUCCCAAAAAUCAUCAUCUUCUAAACAACCCAAAAUUGAAAAGCCGCCGCCGGCACCUCCUUCAGAAUCCGAAGAAGAAGAAGAAGAAGAAGAAGAAGAAUCAGAUAACCAGACCAACAACAGUUCUCCUUCAGAAACAGAUUCAGAAGAUUCAGGAUCCGAAGAAGAAGAGGAAGAGAAUUCAGAAUCAGAAUCCGAAGAAGAAGAAAGCGAAGAUUCUAAACGAGAAACCGUAAACAAACUCUUACAACCCUUUACUAAAGAACUACUAAUCAAAAUCCUCAAAGAAGCAGCCUCCACUAACCCUUCUGUCGCCACAGAAAUCUUCAAUACCGUCGAUUCGGACCCAGUCCACCGCAAAAUCUUCAUUCACGGACUCGCUUGGGAUGCCAACAACGAAACCAUUAUCUCAGUUUUCAAACAAUACGGUGAAAUUGAGGAAUGCAAGGUUGUGACUGAUAAGACCACCGGUCGAGCAAAAGGAUAUGGUUUUAUUCUCUUUAAAACGCGAAUUGCCGCUCGGAAAGCGCUUAAAGAACCACAAAAGAAGGUGGGGAAUCGAACGGUUUCGUGUCAAUUAGCGUCUAUAGGAAAUGGGCAGAAUCAGAAGCAGGACAAUAGUGAUAUUAGUGUGAGGAAAUUGUUUAUAAGGAAUGUGGGUCCGCAGAUUAGUGUGGAGAAUCUUAGAGCAUUUUUUGCUCAGUUUGGAGAAAUUGAAGAUGGGCCGUCGGGUUUUGAAAGAAAUACUGGGAAGUUUAGGGGUUUUGCCUUUAUUGUUUAUAAGAGUUUAGAGGGGAUUAGGAAGGCAUUAGAAGAGCCUGUUAAGGUUUUUGAAGGUAUAAAGUUGCAUUGUUCAAUUUCUAGUAAGAAUAAUAGUAGUAGCAGUAGUAGUAAUAAAGCUACUGUUGUGGAGGCAGCGAGUGCUGGUGCUGGUGGCAAUGCAGGAGUUGUGCAAGGUAAUAUUGGAUUUCAGGGUUUGUUGAAUCAGGGAAUGGUGGGACAGAAUGUGAAUCCUACAGGUUCAGUUUUGUUGGGGCAGAAUCCUGCAUUGGGGGUUUUGGAUCCAGUGCUGGGUCUAGGAUUUACCACACAGCAUGGAGUUAAUACUAUAAGCUCCAGUAUGAUUGGUAGUUAUAAUUCUCAGGCUGCUUUGCAGGGGUUGGGUGCUUAUCAAAGUUCCCAGUUGAGUCAACCUUCUGCAUCAGCGGCAAGGUCUCAGGCUGGCAUUGGAUACGUGCCAAAAAAGUAUGAUUUUGAUUGCAAUCAGUGGUCGAAAACUGAAGCUAUUACCGGAUUUUCUUGUCAGCAGUUUGUUUCUGACAGUUCAUGGCUGGAGUUGGAGGAGGAAUGUUAUUUUGAUCAUUGUGUAAAAUGGCAAACUGCCUUUGAGGAUGCUAGGAUGCUAGAUGCCAAAUAG